AUGAUCGUAGGGAUUAUGAUAGCAUCGUGCUACAUCAACCGGCUACGAGGCUAUUCCAUCAUCCCUUCCCGCAAGCAAGAUGAAGGUCUUCUGGGCCACGACAAGCUGGGGCUGGAGGACGAGGAGGCUCUGCUAGCCGAUGCCGACGAUGAGCAGGAGGCAUCCCCGGCAGCAUUGUCCACGGCGACGGCGACCACAUCACAUCCGUCAAAGAAGCGAAGCUGCUGCGGCAUGGUCGUCCACACUCCCAACUCCUCCCGCUACGCAAACUACUGGCACAGCCGAUUUAUUCAGAAAUUCCCCUUCCUGGUGGAAAUGUUCUACUGGGCUGUCAACCUCCUCUUCUACGUCAGCGUGAAGCAAGCCAGCGAGCUCAUCUUCGCCACCGACGGCGUAUGGCAGACGGCAGAAAACCAUGGUGUUGCUGUGCUUGCAUUGGAGCACGAGAGCCCUUUCAGCUUCUUAUUUCCCGUGCGAGAGGUGGAUGUGCAGCACUUUUUCAGGAAUGGGCACCAGGGCAUGCUGACGGUCCUCAACCGGGCUUACUCUCUCAUCCAUAUUCCUGUUACUGUCAGCUUCCUGGCCUGGUACUACUACGCAGCGCCAACCUUUGAGCAAUUCGCGGCCGCACGGCGCAUGAUGACCUUUACGAAUCUAUUCAGCUUUGUUGUUUUCACGACCUACCCUUGCAUGCCCCCGCGCCUGCUGCCCAAAAAGUAUGGCUUCUUCGACACCGUGCGCCGCGAGGACGCCGAGUCCAUCUACGCCACCAACAAGUUCUUCAACCAGCUCGCUGCCUUCCCCUCGCUGCACUUUGGCUACGCCUUCUGCAUCGGCACCGUGCUGAUGUACCACUCCGGCAUCUUCCGCCGCCGCCUCGCCCCCCGCGAGAAGCGCAUGUCCAAGCUCUGGCAGAUCUUCUUUGCGACUCUGAGCAUCGUGUACCCGGCCUUCGUCCUGCUCAUCAUCGUGUCGACGGCAAACCACUACUACCUGGAUGCGCUGGCGGCUACGGGCGUUGUGGGCGUCGCGUGGCUGUGCAACCGAUCUUUGCUGACGCUGUUGCCGCUGGAGGACCUCUUCCUCUGGGCCGUCAAGCUGGAGAAGCCGAUUCCUACCACCGGCAGGCGGAGAUCAUAG